GAGUGUGUAUUUUUCUUUAAAUUUCAUCAGACCACAAUUGAUGAAGAAGAGGUUGAAAGACUGAGCAGACCAACAAGUGACUGGUGGAGGCUAAAUGGGGACUUUGCUGCUCUUCAUUCCAUGAAUAAACUUAGAGUCUCUUUCAUCAAAAAUUCUCUUGAUCAUCUACAUAGCCAAAAUAGUACCCUAUCAAAACCUCUUGGUGGGUUUAGAAUACUGGAUGUUGGCUGUGGUGGUGGUAUUCUAUCUGAGGUAAGUUCUUUCAAACCAAUCAAACUGUUUUUAGAUGAAGCUUAACCUAUUCACCCCUGAACCACCCAUAACCACCUGUGGACAUCCAGGUCCCUUCUUCCACCUGUGAUGUCAUCAGUUUUUAAUAACGGUUAAGGAUAACUUUGUCCGCUAACUCAAGCAGGGUGAAGAGAUCUUUCAUACCAUGCCAGAACAAGCAUGAAUCAGUGGAGGAGAUCAGAGAAAAAGGCAAAAAUACAGAACAUUGACCUGAGAAUUUCCAUGAAAGUCUUGUUUCACAACAUUUACCCACCUACUAUGGUACCUUUCCUUUCUCUAAUGCCAAGUUCCUAAAAGUUUUCCCAAAAACGUUUCCACCAAAAUGAAGCCUACUAAAUACCCAGCAAAAUAAAAAAAAUGAGGCAAGAAAAGGAAGAGAUUAAGAGGGGAGAAGUUUGCAGGGUAAGAGAAAUACCUUCAUUUUCUCAGUUUCCAGUAUUUUAAGACCCUGAGUAUUGGUACAGCUUUGGAAAUCGAUCCAUACCUCCUGCCCUGCAGUCGAGUGCUCUACCGACUGAGUUGAAAAUAUAUAUUUAAUAUUUUAAUGUUUUUAAUUCUUAACAGCCACUUGCAAGACUUGGAGCAGAAGUAACAGGAGUUGAUGCUUCUGCACGUAAUAUUCACGCAGCAUUGAGACAUGCAUCACAUGAUCCAAUGGUGGCUGACAGAGUACAGUACCAAUGUUCAACAGUGGAGGAACUCGCUGACAAGGAACCAGAAUCAUUUGACUGUGUUGUUGCUUCAGAAGUUAUCGAACAUGUAACAGAUAAAGACACCUUUAUUUCUGCUAGUUCACAGCUGAUCAAGGUGGGUUAAAAGGGAUCCAGUCCUGGGGGGAGCUGCAGCCAUACUUUUAUACAAUUUAUUACUAUCAUCUUAUUUAGGAGUGUGUAUUGAAGGGAGGUGCAAAAAGGUACAUGUACAAAGGUACUAAAUAAAAAUUUUGCUUACUAUGUGAAAUUGCCCAUGUACAUAUUUAUUAUUAAGAAAGUUAGAGCAAAGUCCCUCUGUUUUGUGUUUCAGAUUAAACUGGUGCCGGUACAGGUGCCUACUAUCACCUGCAGGCUUAUUGUGCCUUGCUUGUUAAAAAAAAAUACAAAUGUAACUGGUUUUAUCUAACUGACAAUCUAGAGACAAUACAUGUGCAAGUAUGAGGAAGCUUUAUAGUUAAGAGUGUUAGCUCACGUAUUUGUUGUAGUUAUAAAUUUUUUUAUCUCAGGUAAUUUUUAUUUUUCCUUUGUUUCAACUUCAUUAUACCAUACCCAAAAACAAAAGAAAAAGAAAAAUUACCCAAGAUAAAAAAUUAACUACAACAUAUAAGUCAAACGGCAAAUGCGAAUUUUUACCACAUGCUUUUUAUCCAAGAGAACUGUUUUGAGCUGUUUUUAUCUGCUUAUUUUCUAUCUUGAGAAAUUCUCAACUUGAGUCUGACGUUUGCUGAUUAUGUUACAGGGAAAAUUUGAUUACAGGUUAAAUUUGUUUAACCUAGGUAUGUUGAUUCUCAAUUUCCCUAACUAUUCAUGAAUUAGGGCUAGGAAACAAAGGAAAUUGAGAAUCAACCUAGGUUAAAUCAAAAUGAACCUGAAAUCAAAUUGACUGUAACACACAUUUCUCUUCUAUUUCUUAAAUCGCUGUUGGCCAGCUAAUGUUUCAUAACAAGUUAGUGCUGACCAAAUUUUGAAAGAUUAUUGUACAUUUUAUUAUUGUUCAGCAACUUUAAGCUAAAACUCUCAAAUAAUACAAAAUGUUUUAUUUACGCAUUAUUAAUGUUUUCAUUAAUAAAAGUCCCUUUGAACCAAGUCAGGAGGGGGGAGGCAUAACAGAUAUCUAACAUGUAACUUUUAUUGGAGGGUUGACAAUACAAUGAAGGGAAUUCAAGGGGAAUUAAGGGGAUCUUUAGCUUACUAGGUGGUUUGUUUUACCAUUACUGGCCAUGUGUUUUCACUCAAGAGAACUGUUUCUUUUUAGUUUCCUGUCAUUCAAUAGCCUGAAUUUCAUCCGAUUGCUUCGAGUCGUUUUCUCCCGCCUGAAAUUCAGGCUAGGCAUGACCAACAUUAGGAGACCAAACCACACAAUUAAAUACAUUGCUGCGAGAAACUUAAGGUCUAUUUUUUAUUGAUUUUUAUAUUUUGUUACUUUUCUGCCAUGAUAUACACAGCCAGGAGGUUCACUGGUGAUAACAACAAUCAACCAAACAGCUCUGUCAUAUGCUGCAGCCAUUGUAGGAGCAGAGUACAUUCUUAGACUAGUAACACCUGGAACUCAUGAUUGGAACAAGUUUGUUACAGUUGAAGUUCUGAUUGACCUCAUCUCACUAUGUAAGUUACCCUGCACAUGAUACGCACUGUGGCAGUGCGGUUUGAAGCUUAGGAUUUUAUGGCUAUUUAACGUUAUAAUAAAUUAUUCUUAACUGUAGUCAAAGCAAGAAAUUUGCAAAAACUGAGAAAAAUACAGUGGAAGCUGUCCAAAAAAGCCCCCAUGGGGACAGUACGCAUCUGCCAGGACAAAAUGAUUCCAUUGAUACAUGACUUUCAACUGAAUAAUAAAGUGUAAUAAAAAAAGCCUGGGAUAACAGAAAUGUGCCAUUAUUCACCCCUGAACCUCUGCCAAGGUACACGUAAUUUCUUUUGUUUUAUUUGCCCAAGCCUUGGAGCUACAGUGUGAGUAUAAAUCUAGUGGGGGUGGAAAGUCUACUAUAUUUAAAAAUACUUUUAUUGUGGUCACAGUCAUCCUUAAUUUCAUGCAAUACUAUUUUUACAAUUUUUUCAAUCAUCAAACAAAAAUGGAAGAGUACAUAUAAGGCCUUACAGUAAAAAUCUUCAUUAAAUUUACAUGAAUUUUGACACAAACAAAGGACUUGAUCAGCAACAACCAACGUAUGUGUGUACACUUAAAUCUCAAACUAAUUUGUGUUACUUGGUUCACGAGCGCAUGCAACCAUUUUGUCUAGCUCUGAAUCGAAAGGCUGGAAAAAAGCAGCUGGAAUAUGUGCUGUACCAGUAGUUGAUUACUAGAUGAAAACCUGGGCUGAGUUGCUCAAAGCAUGGUUAGCUUUAACAAUUGGUUAAGCAGUAUCAAAACCAAUACGUUGUUAAGGUAUUAAACGGUGGUUAACGCUAACCAUGCAUCGAGCAACUGGGCCCUGGAUGUUAGAAACAUUCCAUACUCUAGGACAAUUGGCUAUUUUUAGGCUGCAUGACUAGGUCAGUGUUGAGUUGAAUAACACUGAGGGACUGUUUUGGGGGACAAAUUUAAUAUUACACAUCAUCAGUGAUCAUAGGCCAAAUCCGUAUAUACUUGAGUGCUAUCCUCCCCAAACAACCUCAACCUCUGCUAAAUGGGGACUUUGCUGCUCUUCAUUCCAUGAAUAAACUUAGAGUCUCUUUCAUCAAAAAUUCUCUUGAUCAUCUACAUAGCCAAAAUAGUACCCUAUCAAAACCUCUUGGUGGGUUUAGAAUACUGGAUGUUGGCUGUGGUGGUGGUAUUUUAUCUGAGGUAAGUUCUUUCAAAACCAAUCAAACUAUUUUUAGAUGAAGCUUAACCUAUUCACCCCUGAACCACCCAUAACCACCUGUGGACAUCCAGGUCCCUUCUUCCACCUGUGAUGUCAUCAGUUUUUAAUAACGGUUAAGGAUAACUUUGUCCGCUAACUCGAGCAGGGUGAAGAGAUCUUUCAUACCAUGCCAGAACAAGCAUGAAUCAGUGGAGGAGAUCAGAGAAAAAGGCAAAAAUACAGAACAUUGACCUGAGAAUUUCCAUGAAAGUCUUGUUUCACAACAUUUACCCACCUACUAGGGUACCUUUCCUUUCUCUAAUGCCAAGUUCCUAAAAGUUUUCCCAAAAACGUUUCCACCAAAAUGAAGCCUACUAAAUACCCAGCAAAAUAAAAAAAAUGAGGCAAGAAAAGGAAGAGAUUAAGAGGGGAGAAGUUUGCAGGGUAAGAGAAAUACCUUCAUUUUCUCAGUUUCCAGUAUUUUAAGACCCUGAGUAUUGGUACAGCUUUGGAAAUCGAUCCAUACCUCCUGCCCUGCAGUCGAGUGCUCUACCGACUGAGUUGAAAAUAUAUAUUUAAUAUUUUAAUGUUUUUAAUUCUUAACAGCCACUUGCAAGACUUGGAGCAGAAGUAACAGGAGUUGAUGCUUCUGCACGUAAUAUUCACGCAGCAUUGAGACAUGCAUCACAUGAUCCAAUGGUGGCUGACAGAGUACAGUACCAAUGUUCAACAGUGGAGGAACUCGCUGACAAGGAACCAGAAUCAUUUGACUGUGUUGUUGCUUCAGAAGUUAUCGAACAUGUAACAGAUAAAGACACCUUUAUUUCUGCUAGUUCACAGCUGAUCAAGGUGGGUUAAAAGGGAUCCAGUCCUGGGGGGAGCUGCAGCCAUACUUUUAUACAAUUUAUUACUAUCAUCUUAUUUAGGAGUGUGUAUUGAAGGGAGGUGCAAAAAGGUACAUGUACAAAGGUACUAAAUAAAAAUUUUGCUUACUAUGUGAAAUUGCCCAUGUACAUAUUUAUUAUUAAGAAAGUUAGAGCAAAGUCCCUCUGUUUUGUGUUUCAGAUUAAACUGGUGCUGGUACAGGUGCCUACUAUCACCUGCAGGCUUAUUGUGCCUUGCUUGUUAAAAAAAAAUACAAAUGUAACUGGUUUUAUCUAACUGACAAUCUAGAAACAAUACAUGUGCAAGUAUGAGGAAGCUUUAUAGUAAAGAGUGUUAGCUCACGUAUUUGUUGUAGUUAUAAAUUUUUUUUUCUCAGGUAAUUUUUAUUUUUCCUUUGUUUCAACUUCAUUAUACCAUACCCAAAAACAAAAUAAAAAUAAAAAUUACCCAAGAUAAAAAAUUAACUACAACAUUUAAGUCAAACGGCAAACACGAAUUUUUACAACAUGCUUUUUAUCCAAGAGAACUGUUUUGAGCUGUUUUUAUCUGCUUAUUUUCUAUCUUGAGAAAUUCUCAACUUGAGUCUGACGUUUGCUGAUUAUGUUACAGGUAAAAUUUGAUUUCAGGUUAAAUUUGUUUAACCUAGGUAUGUUGAUUCUCAAUUUCCCUAACUAUUCAUGAAUUAGGGCUAGGAAACAAAGGAAAUUGAGAAUCAAACUAGGUUAAAUCAAAAUGAACCUGAAAUCAAAUUGACUGUAACACACAUUUCUCUUCUAUUUCUUAAAUCGCUGUUGGCCAGCUAAUGUUUCAUAACAAGUUAGUGCUGACCAAAUUUUGAAAGAUUAUUGUACAUUUUAUUAUUGUUCAGCAACUUUAAGCUAAAACUCUCAAAUAAUACAAAAUGUUUUAUUUACGCAUUAUUAAUGUUUUCAUUAAUAAAAGUCCCUUUGAACCAAGUCAGGAGGGGGGAGGCAUAACAGAUAUCUAACAUGUAACUUUUAUUGGAGGGUUGACAAUACAAUGAAGGGAAUUCAAGGGGAAUUAAGGGGAUCUUUAGCUUACUAGGUGGUUUGUUUUACCAUUACUGGCCAUGUGUUUUCACUCAAGAGAACUGUUUCUUUUUAGUUUCCUGUCAUUCAAUAGCCUGAAUUUCAUCCGAUUGCUUCGAGUCGUUUUCUCCCGCCUGAAAUUCAGGCUAGGCAUGACCAACAUUAGGAGACCAAACCACACAAUUAAAUACAUUGCUGCGAGAAACUUAAGGUCUAUUUUUUAUUGAUUUUUAUAUUUUGUUACUUUUCUGCCAUGAUAUACACAGCCAGGAGGUUCACUGGUGAUAACAACAAUCAACCAAACAGCUCUGUCAUAUGCUGCAGCCAUUGUAGGAGCAGAGUACAUUCUUAGACUAGUAACACCUGGAACUCAUGAUUGGAACAAGUUUGUUACAGUUGAAGUUCUGAUUGACCUCAUCUCACUAUGUAAGUUACCCUGCACAUGAUACGCACUGUGGCAGUGCGGUUUGAAGCUUAGGAUUUUAUGGCUAUUUAACGUUAUAAUAAAUUAUUCUUAACUGUAGUCAAAGCAAGAAAUUUGCAAAAACUGAGAAAAAUACAGUGGAAGCUGUCCAAAAAAGCCCCCAUGGGGACAGUACGCAUCUGCCAGGACAAAAUGAUUCCAUUGAUACAUGACUUUCAACUGAAUAAUAAAGUGUAAUAAAAAAAGCCUGGGAUAACAGAAAUGUGCCAUUAUUCACCCCUGAACCUCUGCCAAGGUACACGUAAUUUCUUUUGUUUUAUUUGCCCAAGCCUUGGAGCUACAGUGUGAGUAUAAAUCUAGUGGGGGUGGAAAGUCUACUAUAUUUAAAAAUACUUUUAUUGUGGUCACAGUCAUCCUUAAUUUCAUGCAAUACUAUUUUUACAAUUUUUUCAAUCAUCAAACAAAAAUGGAAGAGUACAUAUAAGGCCUUACAGUAAAAAUCUUCAUUAAAUUUACAUGAAUUUUGACACAAACAAAGGACUUGAUCAGCAACAACCAACGUAUGUGUGUACACUUAAAUCUCAAACUAAUUUGUGUUACUUGGUUCACGAGCGCAUGCAACCAUUUUGUCUAGCUCUGAAUCGAAAGGCUGGAAAAAAGCAGCUGGAAUAUGUGCUGUACCAGUAGUUGAUUACUAGAUGAAAACCUGGGCUGAGUUGCUCAAAGCAUGGUUAGCUUUAACAAUUGGUUAAGCAGUAUCAAAACCAAUACGUUGUUAAGGUAUUAAACGGUGGUUAACGCUAACCAUGCAUCGAGCAACUGGGCCCUGGAUGUUAGAAACAUUCCAUACUCUAGGACAAUUGGCUAUUUUUAGGCUGCAUGACUAGGUCAGUGUUGAGUUGAAUAACACUGAGGGACUGUUUUGGGGGACAAAUUUAAUAUUACACAUCAUCAGUGAUCAUAGGCCAAAUCCGUAUAUACUUGAGUGCUAUCCUCCCCAAACAACCUCAACCUCAAUGAUGCCGUACAGUGUACCUACUUAACAUCCUUAAGUUUGUUUAGAAAUGUUUUUUGGAAAUUAAAGUGUUGACAACACUUUCACAAAAUUAAAUGCCAUUUUUUAAUUUCCCUUCUCUAGCCAUGAAAAACUGACUUGCUAAAAUAAAAAAUAAGUUCGUUAAUAAGGUACAACCUCACCAGUAUAAUUUCAAAACAUAUCUAAUUAAUUCCAUAAUUCAACAGAGGUUGGCACUGCCAAGUACAGUGUUUUUUUGAAAACAAGAAUAAAUAAAAAAAAAGUUAGUGAGGAUUAUUUUUAACCAUUUUUUUCUUUUCACACCUUUUUCUUGUAGAUGGUUUAGAAGUCACAGAAGUCAAAGGAAUGUUUUACUUGCCAGUCUUUAACAAAUGGUGUUGGAUUGAAGACACAAGUGUGAACUUUGCCUUGAAUGCAAUUAAACCAAACAUAUCUGUAACACCACCGGAAGUGACACUAGAUACACAAACAAACGAGACUAACACAUGA